AAAUAAUUUGGGCGUCUGAUAAGCGUGACUAGUACUACGCGUUACGUCGUUUCUUUGUAGAAAUUUCAACCCUGAAAUUUCGGAAGCAUAAGUCCAACUGUCUCAUCUCUGAUGUGAAGUUUGCACUAGUCCUGAAUUAUCAAGUAAAAAGAAGGGGCGUUUGAUUUAAUUUCAGCAUCCUUGCAAAGGCUGAAAUCAACGAACUUGAAUGAAGGCAUGACGAAGGAGACUAAAUGACCCUUCUAACCAUUUGAGCCCUUCCACAAGGAGAACAUACCCUUGUAUAUGAUCGUGGAAGAUGGAUUUCGGUCAUGUUUACAUGGGAAAUCGCAGUAGAGGACAGACAAUUAGCUCGCGAGGCAAGCGCCUGCGCCCCUGGAAUCCUAUUGACAGUCGGUUUUUAGGCGUCUUCCUUGACAUAAACGUCCUAGUUCUGGAACCCUUGCCCUUCCGUUAAAUAUAUCAUGUCCAUAGACUGCUUCUAUCCUAUAGCGACCAUCCGUACAUCUGCAACAAACCUUCU